UACAGUAGUUGGGAUCAUUUAUGCAAGUGUAUUCGUCAAAUGAUAUGAAACAGACCCAUAUAGUCAACUUCUCUAUUGCAUUUUGGAAAUCAUCGUGUCCUCUCAUGAUUUUAGGGACGCUGACAGCAGUGGAGAGCUUCCUAACCAUAAGCAGUGGGCCUGAGGGCACAUGCGGACACGACGCCACGUGGCGUUCGGCCGUGCACGGCUUCGCCGAUAGUGGCGCCCUUCGCCAGCUGAGGAGAAAGUUUGACCACAAGCCGCUACCUGUGGUAGGAACCAAAGUUCGCCCGAGAGGUUUUGUGUUUUUUAGCAGAGAGAUCAUGCAGUACGCCAUUCCUUUUAUGGGUUCGGACCCCUCUGUGGUCAAGAGAACACAGCGUUUCCUUUACCAGGAGAAAUCUCGCUCACCCGUAAGUAUUGGCGUCAAUUUUAAUCCACCCAUUUGGGGGGCU